UGCGUGGAGAGCGAGAAACUGCGAAUUGUUGUCGUGUUAUGUACAGUACGACGAUACCUGCGGUGGGCGCUGGGUGCGUGACCGAUGACCCGUCAUGACGCUUGCUCGGCGCGUCUGCGCUCCUGCCUUGCCCUGCCCAAGUGCACACCCGAAGUCAACAACAGCUGGCGAAACGACUCACGAUCAGUUGAUUCGAUUCCGACGAGUCACCGAGGUCACUGAAAUGCCGCCAGUCGAAAUGCGGUUGAAAAGAGGGUCGAAAAGCGGCCGGUGUGUGCUACUCCGGGCCGUCUUCGCUACGCCGAGACGCUGUGGAGCGCUCCACAGGGUGAUGACGUGCCAUUAAGAGAACGGCUACUUGUCAAUAUUGCUCGAUUAGGCUGAAACACUGAAACAGCGAAAAUGUCGAGUCCUCAGCAAAAAAAGAAGCAUCUUCAGACAGCCAAAUCACUCACGUG